AUGGCAAAAGGAACUGAAAACCUUAUUAAGCGAAGCAUGAUUGACCAGAACCGGAAGCUCACAAAAAUAGAGUCAUGCUGCUUUAUAGUCUAUUUCAUUUUGGUUACCACAUUUGUAUCAAUCGUGAUAUCUACUGUUGCAACAAUUUUGAUUACAGUAGCCUAUGUCUUCCCAAACUUAAUUACAGGAGUAAUCGGACUUUAUGGAGCUCUGAAAUCACAUGUCAAAGUCAUGAAAGUUUAUCUGGGAUUUAUUAUUGGGUUGGUUUGUCUUAAUAUAGCAUCAAUAAUUUUAUCGAUUAUUUUCGUGUGUCUUUUGGCAGCUAAUUAUGGAGAUGAGAAAUGCAGCUCGACGAUUGAUGAGAAUUGCAGCUUUACGGACGUCAUUAUUAUUGUGCUCAUGGUCAUGCUGUGCUUAAAUGUGGUUAUUUCAGUAUGCUUGCUGUUUUUAUGCUAUGUGUCGUAUCAUCACGGAAAGGAACUAAAUAGCACUUUUAUGUCAAUGGAGAAAAGAGAAACUGACACAAAAGGAGAUGAGCUCGGAUAUUAA